UCUGGGUAACUGGUAUCUCCGCGUAAUUGAAAUCCAUAAAACUCACAUGGCGGAUUGAAAUGACUUAUCCGCUAGAUUCAUUUCAUUUUGCGCGUUAUUGGUGCGUUGUGACCACGAACCCACAUCUGCUGUGUUAUUCAACAUGAACCCUAGGUGCUUCGUUGCUUGCUGGUUCGGAGGUCAGAAAAUGUUUGCCACUCAUUACUGUUGGAUUGCAAGUAUGGCUUCGGCAGUUUGGUCUCCUUGUGGAUUUGAGGUUGAAAUGUGGAUGCCUUUCGUGGAUACAUAAUAC